AUGCGGAACGACCACCACGUGGCCGAGACAGGGCGGUCGACCGGCCACCCCGCGGUCGAGAUAAAGCGGCAACUCAAGCCGAGCAGCAGCCUGCACCACCGCCCCGCAAAAAUAAAGACAAAAGAGUUUGGGGUCAUACGAGAGUCCCGCCUCCUUGCCGCCAAGGCCGCCGCCGCCCGCCGCCUCGAGCGGCGCCGCCUCCUCCUCGAGCGCCGCGCCGCAGACCUCGCCUUCCGCGCCCUUGCCGCCCGUGCUGACAUCGACGCCACCCACGCGCGCCGCCUCAUCGUCGCCCACGACAUCAGCUCGACCAACGGCGAGAUCGAGGACGCGCAGCGGAAGGCGGAGGAGUGGGACCGCUUCUACGAGUCCAAGAGGAUGGAGAUGGAGGAGUUCCGACCGUCGUCUCCACAGCCUCCAUCCACCACGGCCGCAGCCACUUCUCAACCCCACGACGUGGAGGCAGCCCUGCAGGAGCUGCAGAGCUGCGGGUUGCACUCGGACGACGUCGGGAUCGGGGCUGCGGAAACCUGGAAGGCCUACCUCAUGGCUAAGAAGGCCAAGCUGGAUGAGACCCUGGCUGCAGCCCGCCAGUUCAGAGCACUGCUUCGGCAGCAGCUCCAGAAAGCCUUCGUGUCACAGGUUAGGGAUCAAAAGGCAGCACAAAACUGA